GGAAAAAGGAAACAGGAAACGGGAAACGCUGCGCAAACGCAUGCCAUUGCCACGGAUGGUGGGAAGCUGUACCAAGAUAACGGUAACAAAGAACAGUAGUUAAUUUCUUGGAUUAAUCAAUUAAAACGCGUAUAUUCGCGCAGAUGGUAGUUGAAUCUUUGGAGGACUGACACCGAGAAUGAGAGAUCUCGGAUAAUACAAAACUAAUUUCGAGAACAUGUCUGUAUGAUUAGCAGGAGAAGAAGCUCCUCUCUACCAUGUUGUCCAAUUUGAUGAUCAUAGUCUUUGACUUGGCUUCUCCCUCCCUUCUUAUACCUUCUUAACAGCCAACAGCACUACUUUAUUGGGGUGAAUUUCUUUCUCUGAUAUAAACAGCUAAUAUCUUGGUACUGCUGCUCCGAGUCGUCCCCACGUUUUGUUGCGCAUUUCUUGGUUUUGCAUCUUCCUUAUCGUGUCUGGAAGAAAGCUGCUUUGAAGUCAUCUGGGCUUCGAAGAUUCAAGCUGAUUUUCUGGGUCGCUACGCUAAUGCUGUCUCUGCAAAUGAAAGUUUUGGUUUUGGAAGUUCAUUGGUGAAUCUUGAGAUAAAGCUGAAGCUUGAAAUGGAGCCUCAGAUUCUAGGUCUGUGGUAAGUGGGUUUAGUUAAUUGAUCUCUGUCUGUGGCUGAGAUUCUUGAAAUUGGUGAUCUGGGUUGGCCAGCUUAGGGUUUUGCAAAAUUGCCUUUCUAUAAGUUAGAACUGAAGUUAUUUCUGUUCAUGUUGAGAGAAUUUGGGGGUUUUGCAGUGAAGAGAGUUUAGAUUAUUGGUCAUUUCGCAUGUUUCUGAACUAAUUGGAGUACAAAUUUCUGAUUGGAAUUUUAUGCAAAUGCAAUGGAUAGAUUGAUAGAUUGGUAGAUGAAUAUAUAGUACAUUCCGUCCGAUAAGGAGAAAUAAUCCCAGAAAGAUGGCUGCAAUAGCGCCUCUAAACUCUUCCAUUGCUGGAAUUGCACCAGCUUCCAGUAUUAGUCCACCACCACCACCACCUGAUUCCCCUUCAACCACAACACCUCCUCCCACUGAUUCUGAGCCCAACCAGAGUUCAGCCCCUUCCAACACUACUACAACCGCGCCGCCUCCAUCUUCUCAGCCACCGGUUUCUUCUGCCCCUCCUCCAUCCACACCACCAUCACCACCACCGUCACCUCCAACCACAUCACCGCCUACUUCACCUCCACCACCGCCUAAAACAUCACCACCACCGUCACCUCCAACCACAUCACCGCCUACUUCACCUCCACCACCGCCCGAAACAUCACCUCCACCCUCACCUCCAGUAUCUCCACCUCCUGCCGGCUCUCCUCCUCCUGCCAAUUUGCCGCCACCUCCAACUUCAUCCCCUUCACCGCCAUCAGGAGUUUCUCCCGCCCAAUCACCCCCACCUCCUCCUCCUCCGGCCCCUUCUCCUUCUCCGCCUCCUCCUGCAGAAGUCCUAUCUCCGCCUUCUGCCAAUUCUCCACCUCCACCAUCCAAAAAGUCACCGGACAGUUCUCCACCUCCUCAAUUAGCACCCAGUACUCCGUCUGGUUCCCCACCAGAUCCCCUGUCCCCAAUUUCUCCCCCGCCUCCAGUUUCCACAUCAUCUCCUUCUGCACCUGCAUCAUCUCCACGAAAUUCCACUUCCCCCGCUCCUCCAAGUAAUUCGUCUUCUGGAACUCCUGCCACCUCACCGCUUCCUACUCUUCCAACAGAGAAACCUACUGCAAAAUCAACAACAUCUGGUCCAGCUGAAAGGGAAAACGUCUCUUCAGCAAAUGGUGGUGGCAUUAGGGCUGGAAAUGCAAUAGGAAUUGGCAUUUUAGUUGGGUUUUUUAUGCUUGGUCUUCUUGUAAUGGCUGUGUGGUUCAGGCGGAAACGGAAGAAAAGUGAAGCUGGAUUUAAUGGUGGCUACUAUAUCCCUUCUCCAUAUGCUUCUUCCCAAAAUUCAGAUGUAUCAUUUCUGAGGCCUCAAAAUUCAAAUUCGUCCUUUCUAAGGCCCCAAAAUUCAAAUUCGUCAUUUCUAAGGCCCCAAAAUUCAGUUCAAAGUGCUUCAGGGAGCAAUAUCAUGUCGUCACCAGAGCAUUAUGGUGUUGGAAAUACUAAAUGGUUCACCUAUGAAGAGCUAAUUGAGGCUACAAAUGGCUUUUCGGCUCAGAAUCUCUUGGGUGAAGGUGGAUUUGGUUGCGUUUUCAAAGGAUUCCUUGUAGAUGGAAGAGAAGUUGCUGUUAAACAGCUAAAGACAGGUGGUGGACAGGGGGAGCGUGAGUUUAGAGCAGAAGUUGAGAUUAUCAGCCGGGUACACCACCGCCAUCUGGUUUCACUUGUGGGUUACUGCAUAUCGGACCAUCAAAGAUUGCUUGUGUAUGAUUAUGUUCCAAACAACACUCUUCAUUAUCAUCUCCAUGGUGAAAGAAGUCAAGUUAUGGAGUGGGGAACCCGAGUUAAAGUUGCGGCUGGUGCAGCUCGUGGAAUAGCAUACCUUCAUGAAGACUGCCAUCCUCGGAUCAUUCACAGGGAUAUUAAGUCAUCAAACAUUCUAUUAGACAACAACUUUGAAGCUCAGGUUGCAGAUUUUGGUCUAGCAAGGUUAGCAAUGGACACAAAUACACAUGUGAGCACACGUGUGAUGGGAACCUUUGGAUACUUAGCUCCGGAGUAUGCUUCCACUGGCAAACUGACUGAAAAGUCGGAUGUGUUCUCAUUCGGGGUUGUGCUUUUAGAACUCAUUACUGGUCGCCAGCCUGUGGAUGCAUCUCAACCGUUGGGUGAUGAGAGUCUGGUCGAAUGGGCCCGACCACUGCUUAUUCAGGCCCUCGAUACUGAAAAUUUUGGGGAGCUGGUAGACCCGAUGCUAGAACACAACUACAUUGAAGCUGAGAUGUUCCGGAUGAUUGAAGCAGCUGCAGCUUGUAUACGCCAUUUAGCUUCAAAACGUCCCCGGAUGAGUCAGGUGGUACGCGCCCUGGACUCCAUUGGCGAGCUAUCGGAUCUAAACAAUGGGAUAAAACCCGGACAGAGCCAAGUAUUUGAUUCAAGGGAGCAGUCGGCACGGAUCAGAAUGUUCCAGAGAGUGGCGUUUGGAAGUCAGGACUACAGUUCAGAUUUUUACGAUCGGUCGCAGAGCAGCUGGUUAAGUUAAAGAGUGCAGGUGCAGCAGCGGCUGCUGCUGCUGCAGCUACAGCUGGUGUUCAUAGUAGCAUGAAGUAUUCUGCUGUUUGUAGCAAAGGAAGAUUUGCAUUCUGUGCCCAGAAACAGUUCACUGCAGAUGCUGCUGCUGCAUCAUGCAUUCUUCUUUUGAUCUGGGAAUGAUUUGGGAUGCCCUCCAUUGAGAGUUGAGUUCUUGUAAUUAGUUUUAAGCCAUUCUUCAUUAUGAUUAUUAUCAUUAUUUUUUGGUUACAAAUCCCACAAAAUUUUCUCUUAUUUUUGUUUUCUACUAACAUUAACAUUGGAUGCUUGUAUGUAAUAACUCCCUUUCUGUUGAUUGAAUGUAUUCCUCUUUGGCAUC